GCCGUGCAAAUCGGUCAUCAUCAUGGCACGCAGUCUCAACCGUCGGCGGCCAUGCACAGGAGAUACGUCGAGCACAGCGCCGCCGAUGACUGUCGACGUCCUCGGCAACGGCAGUCAUCAUCUUAGAACGCCUGGGGUGACUGCAGGAUGGUUCGCGUCGGGUCGCAGCCAGCCAACGUCCAGGACCCAGAUCAUCUCAGUUCGGAGGACAGCAUGCAGCACGCGCCAUAUGCUUAUAUAAACCCUUUGUGAUCCUCGACGACGAGGCAAACCCUCUCCAGUCACGCUUGGUUCGACAUAGCACCAGCUCUACCGAUGGCCACUGAAUCUCAGCCACACAUCCUCAUUGCAGGCGCUGGCCUCGGCGGCCUUGCUCUCGCCCAAGGCCUCAAAGCUGCCGGGAUCCCCUUCACCCUUUUCGAGCGCGACAGCUCCGCGGCCUUCCGCCCGCAAGGUUAUCGCAUUCGGCUCAACCCCGAUGGCUCUGGAGCACUUCACGCUACCCUGCCCACAGACGUCCUCCAGCUCUUCAUGGACACCUGCCCGGAGAUCAAGCUGGGCGGGACCAACUUCAACGCGAAGACGGGCGAGAUCGCUGCCAGGCGCGAAGGCUUCGGCGGGCCUCCGCCGCGCCCUGGACAAGCCCCCGCCCCUGCGCCAGACGCACAAAGAAGCCUGCAGCAGGUCUACAACGUCGACCGCACGCGCCUACGCCAGGUGCUCAUGCACGGCCUCGUUGACCAAAUUCGCUUCGGGAAGACCUUCGUGAAAUACACCCUUGACCCCUCCUCGCCCACGCCCGUCACCGCUCACUUCGCUGACGGCACGACCGCAAGCGGCACCUUCCUCGUUGGCGCGGAUGGUGUGCGCUCCGCAGUGCGCGCCACCGCCCUCCCCGCCGACAUUCCCGGCCUCGUCGAUACCGACGGCCGCUUCAUCUACGGCAAGACGCUCUUCUCGCCCGAGCUCACCUCCCGCGUGCCGCCCGAAGCCACGGAGCGGAUGACGGUUAUAUCCACCAAACCCGCCGCUGUCCCAGGUCCGGGCAUGGCCCUGCCACCCCUCCCCGCCGUUGACGACCCAGCAGACGCGCCUGUGACGCUCUUUAUGGACAUGGUCCGCUUCUCGCGCUCCGAGGCUCAAGUUGCCGCGCAACAACAGGCGCAACUCGACCCCGUCCCGGACUACAUUUACUGGGUCCUCGGCUCGCGCGCUCUCAACGUGCACAAGCAUCUCCCCUCCUACAACCCGGGCGCGUACGACCCAGACGCGCUCGACGCCGAGCUAUUCCGCCUCUCCCCCGACGAGGUCCGGGACCUUUCACUGCGGAUCACCGCGGACUGGCAUCCGUCCUUCCGGCCUCUCGUCGAGCUGCAGCUCCCGGGCGGUGCGAGCAUCCUCCGUAUUACCAGCGCCGUGCCCGUUCCGCCUCCUGCUUCCUCUUCUCCCGCGCCGGCUCCCUCAACGACCAUCGCCCCCUCCGGCGCCAUCCGCGGCCCCGGUACCGAAGGUUACACCAUGACGCCCUGGGAUCCCUCGCCCUACGUCACCUUCCUCGGCGACGCCGUCCACCCGAUGAGCCCCACCGGUGGGUCAGGCGCCAACACUGCCUUGAGCGACGCCGCCAACCUCCUCAAGGUCUUCACGGAGCUCUUCAGCACGGGAAGCCGGCCGUCCGAGGAAGCGGUCCGUGCCAGGGUGGGCAAGUACGAGGAGGAAAUGCGGGCGUACGCCGGCAUGGCGAUCCAGGGAAGCUACCACGGCGGGAGGAUGUUGUACGCGCAGCGGCCGUGGACGGAGUGCAAGCCUGUUCCGAAUCGGUGAAGGAAGCGCAGGUGUGGUGAUGGGGGGCGGCUGCUGGUUCAAAGGGAUUGCCACGGACGUUAAGGAGCCAUUGAAAGCCAUCCUCAUUUCAGAGUUGCUUGUUCGUUUUCAAUAUAUAAUACAACUGUAAUAUGACGAGGCUGCGAUGUCCCGCCUCACAUUGAAUUACUGUUAAUCUACACAUGCCGUCGUCGACAUUGCCAUCGCGGGCGCUGGCCAGAGGGCAUCCUCGGUCUCUCCGAUACGCUCGCCGGAACGCCGUUGUUGCGUGAGUUGUUCUGCGAGAGAGAUGGCUGAUGCGGCUAAGUAGUGAUCAUGAUCAAGGAUCCAUGUUCAAGUUGCCGGCGAUUAAUGAAUGACUCCCUGCAAUAUAACCACCCGUCAGACUGUCAGCAUAAUAGGACUGUCUGAAUGCGACGUCCGUUUCCGCAAUCUACUGCCCGAGCCGCUCGCCGAACGCAUUCUUCCCUUGAGGAGAACGGCUUGAGGAGAACGGCGAGUCUGUUGAUGAUAAUUGACCGAUGACAUCGCGUUUGGCAUCGCCAAGGCUACAACAAAUUUGGGCGAGGAAGUUGCCUCCCUGCGGGCCGUCUACCAUGAUAUUGGAGAUACGUCGAGAUUGUGCCCACGGUGACAGCCCGCUCAUGGAAUUACACGAUUGGCGCGAGGCUCCACAGAUACCGAGAACCCAUUUGGAACAUUUGAAACGUUCAAGGUCCUGAUGUCGACAAU